AUGGCUCUGUGCAGCGUCACGCUCUUUCCCUUGCGAGUGGCGGUGCUCCUCGUCUCUCUGCCGGUGGUGGGGACGCUCGCGGUGGUCGCCACCAUCGGAGCGGAUGAGACGCGUCCGCUCGGCCCAGCGCGGCGCGCGGUGAUCUAUCCGGUACGGCUGCUCUCUCGCGUCGCCCUCUGGUGCCUAGGCUAUUGGUGGGUGCCGGUCCUCAAGCACCCGGCAGCGUUGAGAGAGCGGCCGCGCGUGCUGGUGGCGGCGCCGCACUACUCGCUCAUCGACAUGUUCUUCUUGACGUACCAGGAGAUGCCGAUGGCCCUCUCCAAGUCUGCAAUCGCAAAGAUCCCAAUCUUUGGCCGGGUGGCAAAGGCGAUGCAAUCCAUCUUUGUGGACCGCCAGACCGCCGAGUCGCGCGCAAAGGCGGCGGAGACGAUUCGCGCUCGGUGCCGGGAGCCCGGCUGGCCGCCCCUGCUCGUCUUCCCCGAGGGGACCACCACCAACGGCGCGGCGCUCAUCCAGUUCAAGGCAGGCGCCUUUGGAGUGGGCCAGCCGGUCCAGCCGGUGCUGCUCCGAUACGGCCACACACCCGUCGACGUGUCGAGCGCGGUGCGGGGGUACGAGAUCUUCCUGUACGCAAUGCUGCAGCCUGCAAACUCGCUCACUGUCGAGUACCUGCCCCCGCACGCUCCGACCGACGAGGAGCUCGCCGACCCGCGCCUGUUUGCGUCGAACGUGCGCGCGGCGAUGGCAGAGGCGCUCGGGGUGCCAUGCACUGGCCACUCGUACGAGGAUGCGUGGCUCUCCCUGGUGGCGCACGAGGGCGGGCGAGAGGUGGCGCAGACCUUCGAGGUCAAGCAGCUGGCGCCGAUCCUCGACCUGGACACCAAGGGCCUCUGCAACCUGCUCCGCCGAUUUCACGCCUUCGACCUCAACGGCUCGGGCACCCUCAACUUCGAGGAGUUCAUGGUGCGCCAGCGACCGCGCGCGCAACGCAAGCCCUCCCGAGCGGGCGGCCCGCUAGUCCGUGGGAUCGCGCUGAAGUCUGCCCCACUACCCUUCAGCCUGCGUUCGACCGCGGAAACGCGGGAAACCAAGGCAGCGGCCUUUUCGUUUACUUGUGGCUGGCCGCCGGGACGCGGGACAGCAUAUGCACUCUAG